CCCCGUGUACGUGCGCCAGCACAGCCCGAUACUCCCCAGGGAUGGAGAGCUCCUCCAGCGACAGGCCCAUAAGGAACGAAGCGAGCACGAUGGGGGCCAUGCCCCUCUCCCCAGAAGGACAGUAAUUGUCGGCCAGAGUGAGGCUGCUCAGCCGCCGCAAGCGGCCUGUCAGCGCCCCGAGGAAGUGGGGGACACCCUUACACCCGCGGAGAGAAAGGCUUUCCAGCUUGGGGCCGUCGAGCGCCGAGCGCCAGUGGGCGGCAUGCGACGCGCUAAAACGGUAUCCUUCGAGCUUGAGGCUGCAGAGGGGUGGGAACCGCUUCACCUCACUCAGGUCAAGGGCGCACUUCCCCUUUCCCCUACUCCCCUGUGGACCGACAAGCUUAAGCGUCAGAUGCCGCAGGUCCUUCCCCUCUCUCAGUACGCACUGUACUGCCCCUAGCCGGUCUUUCCACGUUUCUUCCGACGAACCGAGCGCGUCAUACGAGAGGACGACGGUGA